AGCUAAGUACUGUAUUGUAACAAAAUUUCAAUACAGAACAAAUAGACGAAUCGUGGUCCCGAAGACACAACUUUCAUUAACUGCUAGGUCCCGGGUAACAGUAGCAUAAGAUAAAUAAAUGUUGUAUGCGUGUAGUGACGGUGCUCAGUCAGUGUGUGUCAUCGAGUUGGGAUCAUCGGUGCGCCAUUUAGCUCGCGAGAUAAAAAAAACAAGGAAUGUGUCCAUCGCCGCGUUCGUUUUAGUUAGAUCUAGUGCACCAGUUCGUAAUGGAGUGACAGAUUAACGCAUCAGUUAUGGAAAAUACGCGAAGAAGCAAGUGCAAAGGGUUCCGAAGGGGACCCGAGUUCGGACUAUGGAUGUGGUGUAUCGUAAUCAAGUGCUUGAUUAGUUUACCGUGCAUAUUCUCAAGAUGUCAAGGAGUGGACAUCUCAGUCGCCGUGUACCCCGAGGGUAUGAUCAAACUUCUGUAUGGUCAGCCACUGGAGAUUUUCUGUGUAGCCGAAAAAGAUACUGCUGAUAACUUGGAGUUUGUUCUCGGAGGAAACCAUAUAGACUCUGAAGUAGUGAACCGUACCACUAGAAGGCUCUACAUAGAACAUUUGGAGAAAGAAGUUUACACAUAUUAUUGCAGGAACAAUGUGACAAACAAACAGUGUACCAGCAGGGUCCUAGUAGACCUGCCACCCUCCGAUGUCACUGACUUCGGUUGCAUCUCAAAGAACCUUGAUGAGUUGAACUGUACAUGGACCUCACCUGACAGCUUCAGUAUAACAAACUAUACACUAACAUACAUAAUCAAUGGGAAUGCUGUUGAUCCCUGUGUGGCUAGGAGAAACCAUAAAUCAAGGUCCUGCUCAUGGAAUGCUGUCAGUCAGCCUAGGUACAAGCAAAUGGAGGAUCGAUUUUAUUUCCAUUUGAGAUCAUGUAAUUAUUUUGGGUGCAAUAACCAAAGCUUUAUUAUUGACCACUUUUCAAUUGUGAAGCCGGACCCGCCAGAGCAAAUUAAAGUACAACAUGUUGACCCCCAUAGUGUGCUACUCCAAUGGAAGACCCCAAACAAUAUGUUUGACUUUCUCCCUAAAACAGUGGGGAUAGUGCAUAGAAUAGAAUACCAGAUUGCUAAGAUUGAUAAUAUGUCAUACUUUCGCAGUGUCAAUGUGACAAAUCUACCUGCAAAGGCCAAAACAUACACAUAUUUGCUGUCUAAUCUCCCGUAUGCUCAUAUGUCCUAUGAGGUCAGAAUAUACAUUAAAUCUCAAUUAGCCACAGAAGACAAGUUUUGGUCUGACUUUAAUUUUGUACUAUUCACAACUGUUAGUGAAAGACCACAGCGACCGCCAGACACAAUUGCAGGAGCAUUCAACCAAGCCUUGUAUGAAAACAAGAGACUGAUAUAUGUGUACUGGAAGCAGCUUGAAGAAUAUGAAGAGGCAGGUGCAAACUUUACUUAUAAAGUUAUAGUGGCACUACCAGGUACUAAAAAUCCUCGAAUUUUAUUCCCUGACAAAAACAAAAGCCUGAGUUAUGUGACACUGACUGAUGAUACAUUUGAGGCCAUUGAUGUUUCCAUCUUUUCAUUCAAUGCAAUGGGAUCAUCUGUGAACAGCAGCCAUCUUUACAUUCCAUCCAAGUUAGAUACAGAAGCAUUGAAUGUACCGUCCUUUACUAAACUUGCAUAUGAAAAUGGCACCUAUAAAUUGUCAUGGGUAGGCAUUAAAAAAAUUGAUAAUUACACUCUGUUUUGGUGUCAGCAUAACUCCACACAGAUUUGUGCAGGACGCAUGAAUUUCACUGUGUUAGAUCCAAACAAGAACACCCAUGUAAUUGAUUUACCUAGAGACAGCAGAUAUCAGUUUGCUAUAUCAGCUAAUAAUGGAACUAAAACAAGUGGAAUGACUUGGGCUUCUUGUGACAUAUCCAAAGAUGGCAUACCAAUGUAUGGGUUUCCUGUAAAAGUAAAUCAUGAUGUUCCAGGAAAGUCAUUUGUAAAAAUAACUUGGACUAUGUCCUGUACUCUGCAGGAAGGUAUCAUUACAGGAUAUCUUAUAACCUACUGUCCUGUUAUAAAUACCAGCAAUGUUUGUGAUACGACUUUUGAGAACAAGUCUACUUAUUAUGUUUCCAACCCCAAACAGAUGGAAGUAAACAUAACUGAUCUAAAACCAUAUACAACAUAUCAGUUUACAUUGGCUCUAAACACAACCUAUGGAUUAAAAACAAUAGAAAAUGCAUCUACUGGAGUGACUACCAUUGAAGACACACCAACAAGUCCUAGAAAUGUGGUUAUUUCUGAAGUUCAAAAUGAUUCAUUAGUAAUUUCAUGGGAUCCUCCAAUUCAUAAAAAUGGAAUUAUAGGAAAAUAUGUAAUUAAUAAUUAUGGGGCAGAAUGGAAAGUUGAGAAAGUGGCUGAUAAGGAUAAAAAUAUUACAAGGAGACAUGUUAAGCUAACUGGUCUUCAGGGAUUUACUAAUUAUUCAUUUAGUGUUCAGGCUUGUAAUUCAGCUAUAAGAAGUUGUUCCAAACCUAGUCCUCAUGAUGGUAUCUUUGUAAGAACAAGAAUUGGCCCUCCAAGCAAAUUGAAAGCUCCUUCUUUAAAAAACAAUCCAGAUAUCAUAAAAUGGGAACCGCCGGAGAAGCCAGGAGGCACUGUUGAUCUUUACGAAAUAAAGAGAGUUAAAGAUGAUAAUGUUGAGGUGGAAAUUCUUAAUACUACUAACCUACAAUACUCUUUAGUUCACUGUGAAGGAGUUGAUGUUGGAGAAACUUAUCAGGUCAGAGCUGUUAACUUUGAUGAAGACCCUUAUUACGGCGUACUAGCAGACAAAAUGGAAGUAGUUUUGCCGAAAAAACAUAGCGGCCUUUUAAAAUACCCAGGCGAAUGGAGCGAUCCGAGCACCAUGGCUUGCGGGAGCAGAGAAAGCCUCGCAAUGACUCUCAUAUUCUCGGGAGUAAUGGCAUUAAUAGGUAUUGUUUAUGGCUCUAUAAGACUGCUGAAAUGGUACAGAAACCGUUUAAACAUAAAACCUGUCCUACCAGUUGGCUUAGGAAUUCCAGAAAAAGAUAUUUCAAAGUACGCCUUUGGCGGGUGGAAUCCUAAUAACAAAGAUGACAAACCGUCGUCUGACGAAAUGUUACUGCUUCCUAACAGUAGAACGACUUUGUCGACUCCGGAGACCAAACAGAACACUGAAAACAACUGUGGAUCCAGUGACCACACGGACAGCACUGCCCUGUCAGACACCUCACGGGGUCCUGUCGAGAGGCAAGCCUCUACGUCAGAUGACGGCUCUGCCUCAUCAUUACAUUUAGAAGUCGAGGCUGAAAGGCCUGACGAAAACAAUGCCACUAAUGAUGAAGAUUCCUCUAACUCAGAAACUGAGAACUCUAAAGAGAAUUCGCCAUACUUUAGUGAUCAAGCUUUUAAGAAGAAUCCGAGUGGCUAUGUGCAUCCUGUUGUGAACACGAUCAGCGGUUAUGUACAGUCGGCACCCGCGCCGCAAAAAAGUCCUGCGAAACCGGCGGCGCAGCCUGCUAGCUCUAGUUACGUCAUGGCUUCUUUAACACCGCCGAUAUUCACAACAGGUGUUGUACAGCCCAGCAUACCCAGUCAGCCGCCAGCUUCUUCAGCUUACGUGCGUCCUGAAGACGCGCAAGCCAAGUCUAUCAUGAACCUCCCUAAGUUAGGACCGUCGCCCACCAAAGUAUUCGGGUCGGAAAGCUUGCCGACGAUGCCUACCUUGCCACAGCCUGUAAAGCACAACGCCGACAGCAGCUAUAUUCAGCUGCAGUCAUUAGACGCCUUGCCUAGUCAUAAGCAACCUGUGCGAAACAAUUUGCCAUUAAAGCCACCAGCGUCGAGUGGCUACGUGAGUCCUGGAGACGCGGUCAUCAACAAACACCUGAACAACAUGUUGUCGGGUGGCCAGCUCGAGGAGUCGGCUAUCUUAGACCCGACUAUGUCGCCAGACGCGUACUGCCGAUUCUCUUGGAGCACCGAUCCCGCUAACGAUAACCUACAUUCGUUGCUUGCCGACUCUCAUACGUUAAAUUCAUCUAAAAACUAAACUACGUAUUAUAAGUGACACAUUACUGAAAAAAUAAACUUUUAGUGACUGAAUUGUAAAUAAUGAACAUUAGAAGCUUUACGAAGUGCUAUAAAGUUAUUGGACAUAAUAUAAUUA